CUGCAUACUUCUUCCUGCGCUUCGGCCUCACCGUGCCACGGAUAUUGGCGGGCUUGCUUCGCUUGGAGCGCAGGGAAAUAACCAAUGCUUUGGUUAAGAAUGCAUUGUUUUGCAGUUCUCUGGAGAAUGAAGACAACCUUGAGAGAAGCAGGAAAAGAAAAUCAGAAGAGAAAGUGCACAAGCUCCCAUCACCACAUCUUCCCACCUUCCUGCAACUGCACCAAUAUACUAUUACCACUGAUGACCUCUCUGCAUCUGACAAGGCCUAUUCUCUCUGCUCUAACCUAGAUCCCAUCUGUUUGUGUCCACACAAGGACAUUACUCCAGGAAUUCUCUUUCUUCUUCCUGGUAGUCAGCAUCCAAGACAGUCCACAAGGAUUCUCAGCUCCUGGUAUCCAUGCCAUUAUGUAAUCUCUUCUUACACUGAAUCGGGGAUGAAUUGUGUGACCAAUAGAAUAUUGCAGAAGUGAUGGUGUGUGACCUCAGAUGGUACAUCAUAAAAGAUAAUAACACUUCCACCUUUUUGGAUUUCUCUUGUUGGGGAAAGCCACACCAUGUCUUGAGAAUACUCAAGUAGUUCCCUCGUGAGGCCCUUAUGAAGAGGAACUGAGGUCUCCUACCAGCAGCUACAGCCAACUCACCAGCCAUCCAGAAGCAAGAGGCCAUUUUUCUCUGAUCUUCACUGGGAGAACCUCAAGUGGCUCCUGAAGAAGCUCUUGAAAAUUGCAUCAAGUCUAAAGUGAACCAGCUCACUCUCAGGCAGAACUGGAACCAUGAGCAACAAUGGAACAGACCUAACCCUUGGUUUCAUCUCAUCCUCUCUAGCCAUCCUUUUGUUUGGCUCAAACUAUGUACCGCUUAAAAAAUAUGAUACUGGUGAUGGAAUGUUCCUCCAGUGGGUACUUUGCACUGCCAUAUGGUUGGUUGCCUUGGUGGCCAAUCUGAUAUUACAUUGCCCUAAGUUUUGGCCUUUUGCAAUGGUUGGGGGAUGCAUUUGGGCAACAGGGAAUAUUGCUGUUGUUCCAAUUAUGAAAACCAUUGGUUUAGGUCUUGGACUCUUAAUCUGGGGAUCAUUUAAUACGUUAACUGGUUGGGCAAGCUCAAGGUUCGGCUGGUUUGGGAUGGAUGCAGAAGAAGUCGCCAAACCGCUGCUAAAUUCCUUUGGAGCUGGACUCUCAGCAGUAAGUACUUUCAUAUUUUUGUUCAUCAAAAGUGAAUUACCAAAUAACACGUGUUUUCUGGACACCACCCCAUUAAUGACAGACCACGUGACCAACAAAACUCAAGAUCCCUGUCCUGGUUCCUCCUGGGUGGAUAGGCUUUCUGCAGUGCAGUCCCGCAUAGUGGGCUGCAGUCUUGCAGUGAUAUCUGGAAUACUCUAUGGAUCCACAUUUGUGCCAAUCAUUUACAUCAAGGACCACAGCAAAAGAAAUGAUAGUAUAUAUGCAGGGGCAAGCCAGUAUGAUUUGGACUAUGCUUUUGCACAUGCCAGUGGCAUUUUUCUUACAAGUACCAUCUACUUUCUGGCUUACUGUAUAGCCAUGAAAAAUAAUCCUAAACUAUAUCCUGAAGCAGUCUUGCCAGGAUUUCUGUCGGGGAUACUUUGGUCAAUGGGCACCUGCUGUUGGUUCAUCGCUAACCACUCUCUGAGUGCUGUGGUCAGUUUUCCGAUAAUCACUGCUGGUCCAGGAUUUGUAGCUGCAAUGUGGGGUGUCUUCAUGUUUAAAGAAAUACAGGGUCAACAAAACUACCUAUUAAUGAUACUUGCAUUUUGCAUCAUCUUGACUGGAGCUCUAUGCACGGCUUUUUCUAAAAUCUAACAACCACACGACCAGCAGGUGGCAGCAGUGGUCAAGAGAACGCCUCUACCGGACACUAGACAGCUUUUGCUGAGAACAGCAUUUUCAUGUAGCAAAUGGAUCCCAACUCAUCUCGGAGUCAGUAAAUGAUUUGUUUCACAAAUGUGAGAAUGAAGGAAAACUGAUUUUCAGUCAAGUAUAAAAAUGAAAAAUUCUUCUUAUGAACUAUUUAUGAAGGUAGGACUUUGGGGGGGGGGUCACUAAAAUGUCUACAUUGUUACAGCAUUAUGUCUAAGGGUGCUCCUUUUACCACAAUAUAUCCUUCGUGUUGCAUAAUCUAGAAAACAGUGUGGAGAUCGUAUACAAAGAAUUUUGUGUAUGUCCAAAUUUCCAGUAUAUUAUACUCGUUAAUGAGGAGAGGCAGACCUGGGCCCUUUGCUACAAAAAGUAAAUGUCAGAGUUGGUAGCUGAAUGUUAAAAAGGCCAUUUCAUUAUUUUUAGCCGAAAUUUAUUUUUACUUCAAAUUAAUAUUGCCCAGUUCUACAUUACCCACCCAUCUUACUUAGCUCAAAAUGCUUUUCAUUACUCCAGAUGAAAUAUAUCUUCAGAGAACAGAAAUUUCCCAUCAUUAAGUAUGUGUAUGAUACCUACACAUAAUAUACAAGCACAUAUAAAUACAUAAAUAUAUGAAUGUACUAUUCCAAAUUUGAGGGUAAUUCUAGAGUUGCUGAAGUGAGGUUCUAGCUUAUCAGAGUUUAAAGAGACCAAACACU